AUGGCAAUUUAUGGAUCUACAUCUGAUGAGCUGAGGAUUGUGCUGGUGGGUAAGACUGGAGCAGGAAAGAGUGCAACAGGAAACACCAUCCUGGGGAGAGAGGCAUUUAAAGUAGAAUUCUCCCCAAAGUCAGUAACAAAGACCUGUAGGAAACUGGUUGCAAGGCGUGGAGGCAGGAGCAUUGCUGUGAUUGACACCCCAGGAGUAUUUGACACCUCAAUGACUGAAGAGGAGGUGAGAAAUGAAAUCGAGGAAUGUGUCCGCUUAUCUGUCCCAGGACCACAUGUGUUUCUGCUGGUCAUCAGGCUGGGGAGAUUCACACAGGAGGAAAGGGCCGCAGUGGAGUGGAUCAAGAGGAAUUUCGGACAGGAGGCAGCGAAGUACACAAUGCUGCUGUUUACAGCCGGAGAUGAGCUAGACAAACCAGUGGAGAGAUUUUUUUUGGAAAACAGUGAGCUUUGUAGUCUCAUACAUGAAUUUAACUACCAUGUCUUCAACAAUAAAGAUAAGAGAAACUACACUCAAGUUACAGAGUUGCUGGACAAGAUAGAGGCAGUUUUAGCGAGCAGUGGGGGACAGUGUUACACCAAUGAGAUGUACCAGGAAGCUCAGAAAAGGAUUGAAGAAGAGCAAGAGAGAAGAAUUCAGGAACAAGAGGCCAGAAGACUGAUAAUAGAAGAUCAGGCACAGGCAAAAAAACAAAUGAAAAUAGCCAUAGGAAUAAUAGUAGGACUAAUAAUAUUGGCAAUAGUAUUUGGUGUAACAGCAGCAAAGGUAACAGCAGCAGCUUUGGCAGGAACAGUAAUUGCAGCAGUACUGGGUGUAGCGGUGUUGGCAGCAGUAUGUUGGGCAAUAUGUUUAGGAGUUAAACUCUGUAAGUCCAGAGCGGCACAGUAGUCAAGUGGUUCAAACCUGGCUCAGCCAUUUGCAAGUAAUGACCAUCAUAGGGCACCCAGCCUCCAAUGAACGGCCACUCCACUGUUGUGAACUGUAGUGUGAACUGUGACUUGCAGUGCAAAAAACAGCCAGUGAUUGUGCUCAAGUGCAUUUUUUCUAUUUUCAAGCAAGAUUCUUACAGUUGUAUGAAUGCAUAAUAUGUACAC